UGUGGAUUCAGCCGCUGCCUAGCAACAACAUUCAUUAGCGCGCUAGCUGCAGUUGCCAGGUUAGCAAUGCUGAACCCAUCCCGAAGAGCUGUGGAAAGAACUGCGAGCACUGGCGCUUUAUCGUCUCCUUUCAACGGGAACCUUUAGCUGCAGUAGUAGAAAAAGUGGAUCAAAAAGAAUUAGUUGAGAAAACACUUGUGCUUGAUAUCACAGCCGGAGCACUGCGGGGUUACUUAAAGUGGCUAGCACUAGCUUAGUAACAUUAGCACCGGGAGACACAUAUUUCUUCUGUAGAGACGGAAUCGCGGGUGAAGAUAUGGGCGUGUAAUUAACACGCUGUAUUUUAGCGCUUUUACAAGUUCAUCUUAUGAAUACAGCGAGGACUGGAUGUGUUAUAAAGGAAUCAUCCAGGUUUUAUUGGGCAGAGUGGAACUGAAAAAACAAACUAUACGCCUCCGUCAUGUUGGAAGAGGACAUGGAAGUGGCCAUAAAGGUGGUGGUAGUCGGCAAUGGGGCUGUUGGCAAGUCCAGUAUGAUCCAGCGUUACUGCAAAGGCAUCUUCACUAAGGACUACAAGAAAACAAUUGGAGUGGAUUUUCUUGAACGGCAGAUAGUCAUAAACAAUGAAGAUGUGCGGCUGAUGCUGUGGGAUACAGCUGGACAAGAGGAGUUUGAUGCCAUUACAAAGGCCUACUAUCGGGGCGCCCAAGCGUGUGUGCUAGUCUUCUCUACCACAGACCGGGAGUCAUUUUUGGCCAUUGAGAGUUGGAAGGAGAAGGUGGAGGCAGAAGUGGGAGAUAUUCCUACUGUUUUAGUGCAGAACAAGAUAGAUCUGCUUGAAGAGACUGUCAUUAAAAAUGAAGAAGCAGAGGGGCUAGCUAAAAGAUUGAAACUGAGAUUUUACCGAGCUUCAGUAAAGGAAGAUAUGAAUGUAAACGAAGUUUUUAAAUACUUAGCAGAAAAAUAUCUACAACGACUCAAACAACAAACAGCAGAAGAGACAGAGGUGGUUCACACAACGAGCAAUAAAAUAGGUGUAUUUAAUACCACUAGUAAUGCUUGCAAUCAAAGUCCCAAUGGCAGAGAAAUUAUCACUUUGCGACCUAACAAACAAAGGACCAAGAAGAGUAAAAAUCCCUUUGGAAGCUGCAGUGUCUUCUAAUCUAUACAGUAUGUGUAUUUUAAUUAGUCUGUAAAGAAUAAACUGGUUAUUGUAUUAAUUAAAGGUAGCCAAUUUCGAGACCAAAGCCCUUUUUGUAAGUUGGUUGGAGCUACAUCAUCAAAUUUGAAUUCGCUGGUUCUUCUACCUGUGGCUGCAUUGCAUCAUAAUAGCUUCACUUGUCCUGCAUUUCACCUAUCUCAACAGUGCAAUAUGUUAGAAUUUGUUGUUGACUAAUCUAAUUUACUCCUUAGCAAAUAGAAAAAGCUAUGCUAAUCUAAAUUCAAAAUUCAGAGCAAAUAAGUAUUUUACUAUUAACAGCAGUGUUUGUAGAGAUUUUUCUGAAGUGUUAAAUAGUGCCAAAUGUAUGACUUCUGAAUACUAAACCCAGAGUCCUUUUUAUACACAACAAAACCUGAAUGUACUACAUGUAUGACAUUCAGUGCACUUCUCUGACAUGACACAUUUCAACUUUGCCUCUGAGAGUAUGGUAGAUUUUAUUUUAUUAUAGCUAUUUUAUGUAGUAACAUUUUAAUGGUUAUGGUACAAGAUGACACAAGACAUUUGUAUUAUGAGUUAACUAUUGUUACACUACAUUAAAUAACUCUCUUCUUUCAAUGACACUAAUGGAAAAGCACAAAAUAAAAGAUUAUGGUUCAUUAGUACCAUUUUAAGAGUGCAUGCAUGUGAGUGUUCAUUAAGAUAGAUGUUUAAUGGUCCCGACAUGAACUUCACUGUAGCUUACACACAUUAUACAAAAAGUAUAAACCCUUCUUUUUGUCAGAUUAAGUCACAGUAGGUGCUUAAAAUGUGUUUUACUUUGUCAGGUGAAAUAGUGGUGUCACAUUUUAUGUUAAUUAAGUUACUGCAUGCAAGUGUUUCCUUUACACAUUAUAGGGAAUGAUGAACAGUAGUUUCAAAGCCACAAUGCCUUGUCAGGUGUUUACAUUCCCUCUACUAUGUAUUUUUUUUUCUUCCUUUUUAAAAAAAAAAUACUGUAUCUUAUAUUUACUUAACUGCAUUUAUAGAAAAUGUGCAUUUGUCUUUGGCAUUGUUUGUAAGUUUCUUUGUUUACUAAAUCAAGCGCACUUUAUUACAGGAAAAUUUGCUAACAAAUGUAAUAUUUAAAACCAUUCUGUGCUGUCACUCAGGUGUCCUUCAAACAUUGUCUCCUGCCUUUAACAAAUGACUUUAUGAACAUGGAUUAAGUUAAUGUAUGCAUUUAGACAUUUACAAAAAACUGUCCUAGUUUUGGUUUAUGACAUUCAAAUGUACCAAAAUGGUGCCACAAAGCUGCAUCUUACCUUUUGGUUGAGAGGAAAUGGUUGAAAUAAAACUUUCUAUAAGCCGUGAGUUGA